AAUGGCUUCAAUUAUACGUGCUGUGUGAAUUCGUAUAAAAUAUUUUAAAACUAUUUUUAAUAAAGUUUUAGCUAAUUUUGCAAAUAAAAACGUGUUUAGAACGAAAAUCGGAUAGGCUGCCUUGCUAAGUGGCAUAUUAGUCAGUGGCGGAACAAGAAAUUCACCAUGAAAAAUGCAAAUGAAAAUUUUGAUCAAAUGAAAAACCUAAUUGUGAAAAUACGUACAUGAAGUAGAAAAAAGUAGAAGAAGCAGAGCGGGCAGCACAUAUUUACGUUGUCGUCGCCGUAGUGCUCGCUCCUAUUGUUCCAAAGCAAAAUAUUAUUGUGAAUAUAUAGUAUUAGAGAGCAACAAGGGUCCACGCGGGGCCGUUGCGCCAAUCCAAUAUGUUGAAAAUAUUGUACAAUUUUAAAAAAUACAUAAAGAAGAAGUGUCGAAAUAGUGAAUAUGUCAUUGAAAGCAAUAGGGAAAAUUGCGCCAAUAAGUAAAAUAUUUAUUUAACAAAAAAUAGCAUACAUAUUAAUGUAUGAGUGAACGAUGUGACAAAAUAAAUCAUGACCAAUUGUAAAAUAACCACCAUCAUGAUGGAAAUAUUAACCAAACAGUAAUAAAAACAACAAAAAAGAAAGGCAUACACACAACAAUAAAAACUAGUAUCCCCCUCCAUUCCCAGUAAUGGUGGGUACAAAGUAAAUUAAAAUUUCAACAAAGCAAUAGAAAAAAACAAAGCAUCAAGUGCAUAUAAAUAAUAAAGCUACAAAAUGUCUCGCUGGGGCGGCAAACAGAUUGUGGUUCCUUUGGAAACCUCCAAAGAGAGCACAAAUCGUCCAACCGUAGCCCGUUCCUUAGGUACCAUGGGCAAGUGGGGUAAAAUGGGUUUCACCUCGACAAGAACAUAUACAAUGUCUGCAUUGCCGGCAGCCGUAGCAGCAGCCGCAGCUGCUGUGGCCGCUGCCAGUCCUCAAGAAAGUCCAGCAUCGCAUAAAGAUGAUGACCAAUCAUCAUCCGCGGAUCCUCCAAAGCCACGUAAAUUCUUUAAAUCACGCAAUACUACACCGCCCGAAGUUAUAGCACAAAUUAUCCAACAAAUUCCCCGCACACCUGCUUCGCCGACACGUGAUUCCAGCGCCACAGGUGGUACAAUGCCCUCCUUCUUAGGCACACCCAUACGGGAGCCUAUCAAAAUGAAAAUACCUAAAACUAAUUCUGCAGAGCGGAAAAAGAAAUCUCCCAAAAAAUCAUCUAAGAAAUCAAGCACGACCACCACUAACUCAGAUGGCAGUGCAUUGGACGAUAGUAUCAAUGAAGGUCACACGGAUGUUGAUAAACCUCGUCCCGAACCAAAAUCAACAAAAAAGAAGAAAGCCGAAAAAGAACUUAAACCUGAAGCUCCACCAUCGCGUAUAUUGGGACGUGCACGCAAGGCUGUCAACUAUUGUGAAGAUGACUACGAUGAUCGUAUGCCAACUCCCAUCAAAGAUAUUGUAGUACCGAAACAAAAGAAAGCAGAUAAAGUUAUUAGUGUCCAAGAGACACCACCGCCAACGCCUGCUCACAAAGUCGAUGAUGUUUAUGCAUCAUGCGAUACACCAGAACCGGUAUUACCGCCACCCGCUGUACCAUCGCAGCAGCAACAACAGACGCAUGGUACAAUACUACAUCAAACACAAACCAUUGUAAAUAGUGCAGCUUCCAAAACACCCGAACAUCCUCCAAUUGUCUUGCGGAUAUCUAAAGGUACCUCACGCUUAGUCAGUACAGAUAGUGAAGAACAACAACCGAAUGCUUCCUCAUCAACGCCUCCAUCAGAACCAACAACAUCUGCUGCAACAACGCUUCUCACCGAAACGCCGCAGACAUCAUUAUCGUUGUCAAUAGGAAAAUCAUCUCGUCAAGCCUCCGUUGAAGAUUCCAUUACACCCGCCGCCAUAGUAACAACACCGAAGAUCAUAGUAAAGCCUUUAAAACCACCUCCAUCGCCUUCACAUCACCAUCAUUUAAGUGCUAGUGGGCUUGGUACACAUCUCGAAGAACAGGAGGAGGAAGAGGAAAGCGAAGAAGAAGAGGGUGAAGAAGAGGAGGAGGAGGAAGAGGAUGAACCCGAGCCAGAACCAGAGCCGCCGGAAAUCAACUAUUGUACUGUAAAAAUUUCACCAGAUAAACCACCAAAGGAACGCUUGAAAUUAAUCAUCAAAACAGAUGUCAUACGGAAUGCUCUAGCAGCCGCUGCAGCCGCUGCAGCUAAGGCCAAAGCAAAGAAGGAACUCCUCGAAUCUUCAGGCAAUGCAGGACGUUCUGGAAAGGAGGGUAAAACAAAGAAAAAGAAACGUAAACAUCUCAAGCACUCGGCCGUAGAACAGUUAGCGCCACAACAGGGUUGCUCAACGAAUGAAUUUAAAAUACCUUCACCACAUCCCGCCAGCAUACACGAACAUCAGCAAUUACAUACGACGCCGACGACGCAUCACCCGCCUACUCCCCUGUUACCCGCAGCUGCACCAUCAAAUUCGAAUGCUAGAACUAUUGUAUCUCCUGGAGCCUUAUCCGAGCGAGACUUCGAUUCGCAAUCCUCGGUCCUGGGUAGUAUAUCAUCAAAGGGUAAUAGCACGCCGCUAGAUAUCCAACCACCUCCUGAAGAAAGUUGCGUACUGCAUAGCAGAGGCUCUAGUGUGAUAACAAGUGACCUUGAAACAAGCCAGCAUUCUUCGCUGGUAGCACCACCAUCUGAUAUUGAGCUAAGACUGGAAUCCAUGAUGAUGGAUGGUGAGAGUAGUCAGCAACAAAGGACAUCUGCCACAUUUGUUGAAGCCGAACCAUUACAGGAAGAUAUUCUAGCGGUUUUAAGAGGUGACGAAACCACAGCGGCAAUGGAUGUGGCAAUGCAAGAAACACAGCCGCAGCCGCCCUCCCAACAUUUGGUCAAAGAAAAUGGCUUAGAACAAGAGGCGAAUGAAAACAUACCAGCCGAUACAGAAGUGGCCGAUGGCGAUGCGUCGGUUGCUACUCCCGCUGUUGCAACAACCGCAAAACGAACGAGAGGAAGGCCGAAAGCUAACUAUGCUGAACCACCUGAAGAUAUUGAUACUCCUCCAGCACAAACGCCAAGAACGCGAGGACGCAAACCAGCCGCUGUGUUGCAACCUUCCGCCUUAGUAGCUGACGAAACCCCGGCAACCAAUAAACGGGCGACUCGAAGAGGCAAAAAGGUGGUAGACGAACCCAUGCUUAUAGAUGACACGAGUCCAGCAGCACAACAAACAACCCCAGCAAUUAUGGAAGAAUCAUCUCCCAAUAAAUCGGAAGAGGAAAAUAAUCCUGUAUUAGCGCCGGUGGUAACAACGAGACGAGGCCGGGCCAGUCGUAAUGCAAAUAACAACAACAACAAUCUCAAUAACAACAACAUUAAUAAAAUUGCGAUAAACCUAACGGCAAAAGCGAACAAUCACCAAGAAUCGGUGGCAAAUCAUAAGCUUUCACCUUGUGAAAGUGCCACACCGACAACGACUUCAGUCGUCAAUCCUCCAGUUACACAAAAGAGCUAUGGCCGCAAACGGAAAAACCAACAAACAACCCAAGUUCUGCAGCCGUCAUCACAGGAGGACAAUGAAGAAUAUACACAACCCCCGCCCGCUAAACAACUUAACCUAGAUUUGCCAACAACGGACAACAUCGACACGCAAAUUGCACCUAUACAGCCUUUCAAUGAAAAUCGUCUCACACCCUCAUUGGAUAUACAGGAUAAUAAUUCCCUGGAUUCGUGUUCCUUACCGCGGCCGCCAAGCAGUUUAGGUGGUGGCGAUCAGCCGUCAUUAUCACCUCCACUAAGAGAUUACAAAAUAAAGGACAAGUUCAAGCGAACCCUUACCCUAGAUACUCAAGUCAACAACACUGUGGUUGUAAAACAGACCGAUGCAUCGUCCGCCAGUGUCAACAACAGCAAUCCUCAACAGGUGGAACCGGUUAAAUUGGUAAUAUCGAAGAAGAAGGGCAGCAUAUUUAAGAGUCGAGUUCCCUCGGAGCAAACUGAGCAGGUUGGCAAGCGUCACUUGUAUAAACAUCGAUGGGAAGCAUCGGCCAAUGGAGAUGCAAAUAGCGAAGAGAAUGCCACAACUCCAACCGCCAGCAAACCACCAGAAGUGAAGAAUACCAAUGCCACAGUCGAAGCCAUAUUCAAUGACUUUAACAGCGAUGAAACACGCAGCAGCCCUGUACCUCCAAUAAAAAUGACUAGAGUCAUCAAACCCAACCCUCAAGCAAUCACAACUUUGAACACUGGCAUGGAUGACCCCAGUACCGACACCAUAACAUCUGUGAAAAUUGAUCGCAAAGCAAAAGAAUACUAUACUGUGGUACGCAAUGUUAAGACCGCCCACCAAAUCCAAGAAAUCGGUGAAUAUCAGGAAAUGGACGAUGAUGUUGAGUACAUUUUGGAUGCCUUGCAACCGCACAAUCCCCUAUCUACUCGGUGCCUGUCGGCCUUGCAACUGGCCACAAAAUGUAUGGUUCCUGCUUUUCGUAUGCACGUAAGAGCUCAUGGUGUGGUCACCAAGUUCUUCAAGGCCUUAUCCGAUGCCAGUCGUGAUCUCUCACUUGGUCUAUGCACCACGGCAAUUAUGUAUAUAUUGUCGCAAGAAGGUUUGAAUAUGGAUUUGGACAGAGACUCGCUGGAAUUGAUGAUGUUGCUAUUGGAAUCGGAACAAACUGUAGCAGCGCCAGCUGAUCAUGCCAACUACGAGCGUAACAAACAGCGAGUACGAGAGCUGUGUGAAGAACUCAAGGGCCAGGGCAAAGGCACCCAUCUAAAUGUCGAUUCGAUAACCGUUGGAACAUUAGCCAUGGAAACAUUGCUGUCACUUACAUCUAAACGGGCAGGUGAAUGGUUCAAGGAGGAGUUGCGGGAGUUGGGCGGCUUAGAACACAUCAUAAAGACAAUAAAUGAUUGCUGUCGUCCUGUUAUCGAUAAUGUGUAUAGUGAAACUGGUAUCAAUUGGACACGGCCGCUUCUGGACAAUAUGCAAACCGUAGAACGGUGUUUACGCGUCUUGGAGAAUGUUACUCAACUAAAUGAGGAGAACCAAAAAUACAUUCUCACCUACAAUAAUGGGUCGGCGGCCACCACUCUCUGUUCUCUUUAUUCGCUGUGCAAUCGUGAGCUAAUCAUGUAUCCCACCUCUGAAUUUACCUCACGUGACAAUCCUGGCAUCGUUAUACGUGAAUUAUUGAUACCGUUAAUGAAGGUGCUAAUCAGUCUGACGCAUUCAUUUAGUCCGACAAGCACAAUGGGAGCUGAAUUGGUGGGACGAAAACCCGAUGUAAUCGAUACAAGUUUCCAUCUACUGUUAAAAGCACCAAACUACAUUCCUGAACGUUGUGUCUUUGAACUGAGCAUAUUGUCUCUUUCAUUGCUCAACAAUCUAACAAUGCAUACCCAGGAGAAUCGGGAUCGUGUCAUGAAAGCUUAUGCGCCAUCUGACUUUGGUCUGGGACAUCAUGAUCUAAUGCAACAUAGGGAAUCGGCAAUAUCGGCGGUAAUGGCUUAUUUCUAUAAAUGUGAAGAACUGGCAAGAUUGGUUGAAAAGAAUACAGAUGCCUUCCUGGAUAAACAGGAUAAGAAUAAAAAGAAACAGGAGGAAGUUGAUGAGACUGUAAAUAAUUUACUGCAAAAAGCCGGCCACCAUAUGGAACAUUCCCUCAAAGGUACCUAUACAGCAAUAUUGAUUGGCCAUCUCAUUACCGAUAAUGAAGAAUAUGAGGCUAUUGUACGUUCACAUGUUCAUGGUAAUGGUUUCAAAGAGAUCAUCGGUGUAUUGGAGAAAUAUUACAAUUUCAUGAAUCUAACAGCCAGUGCCGAAGCAUCGAUUGUUGCCCACAUAAAAUCUACCCACAAACUAUUGGAAUACUUUAAAAAACGAGAUUAUAUUAUGCAAGAAAUGAAUCAGGAGGAUGGGGUGCCGCUAAAUUUGGAAACGCACCACCAUCAUCAUGAUCAGGACUAUGAACACGCAAAUACAUCGGCGAAUUGUUCAUCAGCGACUACAACGUCAACACAACGUGUUUAUAAGACGUAUAGUCAGAGAUAAGAAUAACCAUUACAAAACUUAGGAAAAACAUCUUCACCAGAAACAUAAUUAAAUUAAACAUUCUUUUGUUUGUAACAAUUAUGUUUUUUAUAAAUUUAUAUAUUUUUAAUUUUCUUUGUUUAAAAUCGGUUUAAGAUACCCGCUCUCACACCAACACACACACAAUGCAACAUGCAAAAGCUGCAAAACAUAACGUGAAACUUGAUUCUAACUGCUUUUAUUAGAUUUAAAAUAAGAUUAUACCACCUUUCACUCUUUUACAAAAUCACACAUCACUUGUAUAAAUUAUACAAAAACUAAGUACAUUUAAUUGUUUUACUUUUUAAACGAGCAGGAAUAUAAGUAAUACUUAUUUUAUUGGCAUAUUCCCAUCAACUGUAUUAUCUUUCAUUCACUUACUAUUCUUUGUUUGUGUGUGUGUUAUGUUUUGUUUUCCAAAUACAUUGUUUAAUAAGCACAAAUUUAUAUAAAAUAGAAAUAGUAGUAAAAUACAUAUUUGUUCGUUCGUAUUUUUUUCUCAUAUUUAUCAUAGAUUAGUGAGUAUGUCAAAACUUUGUAAAUAUAUUUUAUAUAUAAAAACAAUGCUAUACAUAUUUGUAUGAAAUGAGUAGUUAAUAAAAAACCAAAAGAAAAAACAUAGUUUUUACGUAAACAAAAACUCCCCAUCUCACUUCAUUUAUUUUCUUAUUUUGAACAACUACUAUUUGUUUUGAUUAUUAUUCAGCAACACAUCCAUCCAUAUAAAUAUAAUUUUUCAUUACAAAACCAAAAUUAAAAAAGCAAAAAAAAAAAAAAAUAUAUAUAACUACUUUGGGUUUGCUAUGCAAUCUUUUUUUCUUAAUAAAUUAUUAAUAAUAAUUACUAUUAAAAGCUAAUAUAAUAUAUUUCCUUUCUUUUUACGCACUUAAGUUAUAUAAAAAAUCAAAUAAUCAAUUAAGUAAUAUAAAGUAACAACCACAACAAAAAGCAUUAGCAUUGAUCUUCAUUAAUGUCGGAUUUAAAAACAAAUUAAUUAUAGAUCUUUAUAUAUAUUUUUGAGAUAUUAAAACAAAAUUCUUCAAGAAACUGUAACAAAUUUCUAAAUUAUUAUAGAAAAAAAGACAAAAUACACAAUAAAAUUAUGGAAAAAAUUCAAAA